GUGAAUACACAGAAAACAAUAAAAAAAGAGCAAGUAAAUGAAACACAAAAUUAUGAAUUAUGAAAAUCCCUAAGGGGAGAGCACAGACUUGACAGCCCUCUGGAUUCAUAGCUUCCUGCUUCACCCCAAUACGUCAUGAUGACCCCCCCCCCAUUCACGUAUGUAUAGUCCAUCCAUGUUUCUUGGUUUGUGUACACGAGUAUCAUAUAGCACCAGAAAACAGACGCGAUCGUUGUCAACAGGAAGGCGAGAUGAUCUGGGACGAGAGAACCCAAGGAUUUGUGUUGGCAAGCUUCUUUUACGGGUAUGCCACUACUCAGAUUCUGGGGGGUCGCCUGGCGGAGCUCUAUGGGACACGAUGGGUGUUUGGAACCUGCAUCCUGGCGGGAGGUAUUUGCACCAUCCUUUCCCCCAUCGCGGCUCGUACUCAUUACAGCAUCUUGAUUGCUCUCAGAAUUACUCAGGGAAUAUUUCAGGGCGCCUCUUGGCCGUCCAUGCACGCUUGUGUGUCCCGCUGGAUUCCACCUCUUGAACGAUCCAGGUUCAUCGCUUCCGUCUACUUUG